AUGCAGGUGCUGCGCGGUCUGGUGUGGCUGAGCAGGAUGCUCGGCUGGGAGCCGGCAGAGAUGGCCUCCCGCACCCCCUUGUCCAAUUACUCUAAAAUUGCUGCUGAUCGAACGCUUACCAUCUCUUCUGGCUCUGAGAGUAAGGUGGGUCAUAACAAAAGGAGAAUACAAAGGAACAUCAAGCCAAAUGUCACCAAAGGACGCGGAUGCAAGCGAAUCCGGGGUAGGCCCUCCAAGAGGGAGCCUAAGACCUCCCGGUCCACACUGGUGACUCUGCGGGCUGGUCAGGAGGAAGAGGAAGAUGAUGCUGAGGAGUUUGACUUCACCAAGGGAGAGACCUGUCAUCUUGCGCCGGAGGAAGUCAACAAGGCUCCCGUGUUCGUGCCCUUGGGUCUCAGAUCUCCCGAACCUGUUUCUGCGCAGAUUGAGGAAACGAUGGAGGAGUUUGAGAUUACCGUGAAUGUUCCAGACAUGGAGUGCAUCGUGGUUGUUGAACCUCAGCUCCCGAACACAGAUGUGACAGCUCAGGAAAUGAAACAAGAGGAAAAUGCGAAUGCGCCAUCACUUGUAAGCCUUCAAUUCAAUGACUUCUUUUUAAAAUUUCCGUUUGCUUUCAAAUGCCUGGACGCUUAUACAAACACUUUGUAGCCGACUUCUGUCAUGUGUGGAGUUGUUCAUGAGAAUAGUAAAAACUACUCAUCUACGCA